ACCCCCUCUGCUCGGCGCCUUCCGCGUCUCCCAGCUGGUGGGGAAGCCUCUACGCCGCCGGCACCAUGAGUGAACAGAGUAUCUGUCAGGCAAGAGCUGCUGUGAUGGUUUAUGAUGAUGCCAAUAAGAAGUGGGUGCCAGCUGGUGGCUCAACUGGGUUCAGCAGAGUUCAUAUCUAUCACCAUACAGGCAACAACACAUUCAGAGUGGUGGGCAGGAAGAUUCAGGACCAUCAGGUCGUGAUAAAUUGUGCCAUUCCUAAAGGACUGAAGUACAAUCAAGCUACACAGACCUUCCAUCAGUGGCGAGAUGCUAGACAGGUGUAUGGUCUCAACUUUGGCAGCAAAGAGGAUGCCAAUGUCUUCGCAAGUGCCAUGAUGCAUGCCUUAGAAGUGUUAAAUUCACAGGAAACAGGGCCAACAUUGCCUAGACAAAACUCACAACUACCUGCUCAAGUUCAAAAUGGCCCAUCCCAAGAAGAAUUGGAAAUUCAGAGAAGACAACUGCAAGAACAGCAACGGCAAAAGGAGCUGGAGCGGGAAAGGCUGGAGCGAGAAAGAAUGGAAAGAGAAAGGUUGGAGAGAGAGAGGUUAGAAAGGGAAAGGCUGGAGAGGGAGCGACUGGAACAAGAACAGCUGGAGAGAGAGAGACAAGAACGAGAACGGCAGGAACGCCUGGAGCGGCAGGAACGCCUAGAUCGGGAGAGGCAAGAAAGACAAGAACGAGAGAGGCUGGAGAGACUGGAACGGGAGAGGCAAGAAAGGGAGCGACAAGAACAGUUAGAAAGGGAACAGCUGGAAUGGGAGAGAGAGCGCAGAAUAUCAAGUGCUGCUGCCCCUGCCUCUGUUGAGACUCCUCUAAACUCUGUGCUGGGAGACUCUUCUGCUUCUGAGCCAGGCUUGCAGGCAGCCUCUCAGCCGACCGAGACUCCAGCCCAACAGGGCAUUGUCUUGGGACCACUUGCACCUCCACCUCCUCCACCACUCCCACCAGGGCCUGCACAGGCUUCAGUAGCACUCCCUCCUCCCCCAGGGCCCCCUCCACCUCCUCCACUCCCAUCCACUGGGCCUCCACCGCCCCCUCCUCCCCCUCCUCUCCCUAAUCAAGUACCCCCUCCUCCUCCACCACCUCCUGCCCCACCCCUCCCUGCAUCUGGAUUCUUUUUGGCAUCUGUGUCAGAAGACAAUCGCCCUUUAACUGGACUUGCAGCUGCAAUUGCCGGAGCAAAACUUAGGAAAGUGUCACGGAUGGAGGAUGCCUCUUUCCCAAGUGGAGGGAAUGCUAUUGGUGUGAACUCGGCCUCAUCUAAAACAGAUACAGGCCGUGGAAAUGGACCCCUUCCUUUAGGGGGUAGUGGUUUAAUGGAAGAAAUGAGUGCCCUGCUGGCCAGGAGGAGAAGAAUUGCUGAAAAGGGGUCAACAGUAGAAACAGAACAGAAAGAGGACAAAGGUGAAGAUUCAGAGCCUGUAACUUCUAAGGCGUCUUCAACAAGUACACCUGAACCAACAAGAAAACCUUGGGAAAGAACAAAUACAAUGAAUGGCAGCAAGUCACCUGUUAUCUCCAGACGGGAUUCUCCAAGGAAAAAUCAGAUUGUUUUUGACAACAGGUCCUAUGAUUCAUUACACAGACCAAAAUCCACACCCUUAUCACAGCCCAGUGCCAAUGGAGUCCAGACGGAAGGACUUGACUAUGACAGACUGAAGCAGGACAUUUUAGAUGAAAUGAGAAAGGAGUUAACAAAGCUAAAAGAAGAGCUCAUUGAUGCAAUCAGGCAGGAACUGAGCAAGUCAAAUACUGCAUAGAGGAACAGACUAAGGAGAGAUAGGACUUUAAUCUGGAGGAAAAAUAUCCUACAAACAACAACUGUUCACAACAGCAAACUCC